AUGACGGAAGCAGCUAAUAACUUAUAUUAUAUUGAUUUUCAACGUCAAUUAUGGCAAGCUUAUUUCGAUCUUGGCAUGAAAGAAGGUGUAUGGGCACCGCGAGUAUCAAAAUCUUUUGCCAAACAGCAUCAUACAUGUCGUUCAUAUGGUUUUCCUAAACAUGUAAUUGAACAACGACAGAAAACAAUAACACAACAAUUACAAUAUACAACGAAUGGAUUACAUUGGUAUCUAACAAAUUUAGAACAAAAUGUACAAAAAUGGCAACCAUAUAUUGAUCCAUCUUUUUUAUCUGGCGCUAUUAAUGAGUGUGUUAAAAAUGCUCAACAACGAUUAAGACAAGAAUUUAAUUAUAAAAGGAAGAUGUUAACAUUAAAUUCUAAUGAUCGUCAUUUAAUUACGAAAUUUUAUGAAUUACAACCAAAUGAAGAACAGAUACAUAUAGCAAAACAGAUAUGGCAAACAACAUUCCAUAUAUUGAAAACAAAAGAACAAGAAGAAAUUCUUCGUAAAAGAAUUUUCCUCCGACGACUACUAACUACAUAUGAUAAAAUGAUUGACAAAUCUUUGGAUUAUAUCGAGCCUAUGCUUUCCAAUCAAGCUCUUGAUAAAGAUCGACGUGCUAGUUUAGUAUCGAGUUAUUCAAAAACAAUUACACAAUAUAAAUUUGAUUUAAUGACUUUAAAUCUUGAUACGAUACAGAACGUAAUACGUGGUUAUCAAAAAAUACUUAAUGAUCUCCAAAACAAAUUAUUACAAUCAUGUCAUGAAUUAAUGAUUCAAGCUAUCGAAAAUCGUCGAAAAGCUAUGCAAAAUCGUCAUGAAACCAGUAUAUCAAUUUACACUACUAUAACUGCUUCAUUACCAUUAAUUGAAGUUGAUUUAAAUUUAACUCCACAGCAAAUGUCUAUGUUUAUUAAUGGUCUCAAAUAUAUUAUACCAUGUCAAAGUCGAUUGUCCCGUAAAUCUAUCGAACAACUUGUUACUGAACAAUAUCAAAGUAUAUCAACUACAGAUGAACGAACAAAACAAGCAUUUCAGGCAUUAGAAUAUCUUUUACAUGAUUUAUAUUCGAAACCAUUAAGAAAAAAAUUAACAAUACGUGCACAACGUGAAUAUAAAGUAGUUAAAAGUAUUCAACGUAUUCUACAUCAACGAUCAGAUAUUGUUAUACGUCGUACAGAUAAAAGUAAAGUAUUUUAUAUUGGUAAAGCAACUGAUUAUGGAAGAAAAGCCGAAGAAUACAUGUUAAAAACUAAAGCUUAUCAAGAAAUUACGAGUGGUCGUUGUCCUCUUGCAUAUAAUUUACAUGCUGUACAAACUUUACUUGAUUAUCUUGAAACACGACAUGUUCUAACUAAACAACAACGUAAAUAUAUAUCUCCAAACAUGACCAAGUUAGAACUAGGUCAUUAUCAUGGUCUACCUAAACCGCAUAAGCCUGGUACACCAUUAAGACCUAUUGUUGCAUGUAUACAUGCGCCAGUUACAUUGGUCUCGAAGUUUUUGAAUGAUCUUUUGGCACCCAUCUAUUUGCAAAUUGCUCGUGAAACAACAUUUAUUAAUGGAAUCGAUGUCAUUCGNCUAACAAAUUUAGAACAAAAUGUACAACAAUGGCAACCAUAUAUUGAUCCAUCUUUUUUAUCUGGUGCUAUUAAUGAGAAGAUGUUAACAUUAAAUUCUAAUGAUCGACAUUUAAUUACGAAAUUUUAUGAGUUACAACCAAAUGAAGAACAGAUAGAUAUAGCAAAACAGAUAUGGCAAACGACAUUCGAUAUAUUGAAAACAAAAGAACAAGAAGAAAUUCUUCGAAAACGAAUUUUUCUCCGACGACUACCAACUACAUAUGAUAAAAUGAUUGAUAAAUCUUUGGAUUAUAUCGAGCCUAUGCUUUCCAAUCAAGUUCUUGAUAAAGACCGGCGUGCUUGUUUAGUAUCGAAUUAUUCAAAAACAAUUACACAAUAUAAAUUUGAUUUAAUGACUUUAAAUCUUGAUACCCUACAGAACGUAAUACGUGGUCAUCAACAAAUACUUAAUGAUCUACAACAGAAAUUAUUACAAUAUUGUCAUGAAUUAAUGAUUCAAGCUAUAGAAAAUCGUCGAAAAGCUACGCACAAACGUCAUGAAACAUAUUUAAAGCAUAAGUUAUAUACUUUUUUCGACGAAGCUCCGGCGACAUCAAACGAAUAA